AUGUCUUCAGAGCCGAUGCCAGGGGCUGACACUGUCAGGAGAGGCCUGAAGAAGCCACGUCCGUUCAGCAUUGAGGACAUCCUCUCCAGCCCUGUGGAGAAGAGCCCCCAGCUCCUGGUGCCACUGUGCCUACAGAGCAUCUUGGACUGCACACCCAGGCGGCUGUGUGAGCUGGAGACCAUCCCAGCCAGCUCCCUGCAGGAGGAGGAGGAGGAAGAGGAGGAAGAGCUGGAAGGGGCAGGCUGCAACUGCUGCUGCUGUUCUCACACGGGCGCCCGUUCCCUGCAGGAACUGCCGGGUUGGCUGGAUGCCCCGUUCCCCUGGCCCGUGCGGCUCUUCCAGCCGGCGCUCAGGGUCUGUAAGAGCUCCCAGGAGAAGUCGAGCGAGCUGCAGAGCUUCCAGCAGGUCCAGCGCCGCACACGCCGGCACCGCACCAUAUUCACCGAGGAGCAGCUGCAGGCGCUGGAGACGCUUUUCCACCAGAACCAGUACCCGGACGUGGUCACCCGCGAGCACCUGGCAAACCGCAUUCACCUGAAGGAGGAAAGGGUAGAGGUUUGGUUUAAAAACCGUCGGGCGAAGUGGCGGCAUCAGAAGAGGGCGACUGCCUCAGCACUGAUCCUCCAGCCCAAGCAGCCCCCCCAAGGAGAGCUGUUAGUGCUCGCAGGCUGCAGAGAUCACCAGAAGCCCGCUGCCCGUAGCUGA